UUCGGGAAAGAUAGCGGCCUGCGGGAGAGAAAGGGGAGUGCCGGGAAGAGGAGUGGGGGCCUCCCAGGGCAGACAGGGUCUCUGGAGAGAAGGGGGUGCUCAGGGCAGAGGUAGCUGCAGGGAGAGAAGCGGGCCUCCAGGGUAGAUGUAGCCUUGAGGAUAGAAGGGGACCGCCGAAGGCCAGAUGCAGCUUUGAUGCGAGAAAGGCGGUGCCCAAGGCAGAUGCAGCCUUAAGAAAAGUGGAGCCUCGGGGAGGAAACGGGGUGCCCAGUGCAGAUGCGCCCUCGGGGGCAUCCUCCCCGGCCCGCUUUUCUACAAGAUGUUGGGAUUUUUGCAGCGCCCUGUGGUGGUGACAGCUGACAUCAACUUGAAUGUCGUGGCUCUGACCGCGGUGGGGUUGCUGAGCCGACUAUGGCAGCUUGCCUAUCCAAGGGCCGUGGUUUUUGAUGAAGUAUAUUAUGGGCAGUACAUCUCUUUUUACAUGAAGCGGAUCUUCUUUUUGGAUGGCAGUGGACCACCGUUUGGCCACAUGCUGCUGGCCUUGGGAGGUUAUUUAGGAGGAUUUGACGGUAACUUUUUGUGGAACAGAAUUGGAGCAGAAUACAGCACCAACGUGCCUGUGUGGUCCCUGCGCCUGCUGCCGGCCCUUGCAGGGGCCCUGUCGGUGCCCAUGGCCUACCAGAUCGUGUGGGAGCUCGGCUUCUCUCAUUGUGCCGCCGUGGGGGCCGCUCUGCUGAUUCUGAUCGAGAACGCUCUGAUCACUCAGUCAAGGCUGAUGCUUUUGGAAUCAGUGUUGAUAUUUUUCAAUCUGUUGGCCGUGCUGUCUUACCUGAAGUUCUCCAACUGCCAGAAACACGGGCCCUUCUCUCCGAGCUGGUGGUUUUGGUUGACGCUGACGGGUGUGGCCUGCUCCUGUGCAGUCGGCGUCAAGUAUGUGGGUGUGUUCACAUACUUACUGGUGCUCGGGGUUGCCGCUGUCCACGCCUGGCACCUGAUAGGAGACCAGACGCUGUCAAACGUCCGUGUGCUCUGUCACCUGCUCGCCCGAGCGGUGGCCCUGUUGGUCAUCCCGGUCCUCGUGUACCUGCUGUUCUUCUAUGUCCACCUGCUGCUGCUCUGCCGCUCCGGGCCCCACGACCAAAUCAUGUCCAGUGCUUUCCAGGCCAGCUUGGAGGGGGGGCUGGCGCGGAUCACGCAAGGCCAGCCCCUGGAGGUGGCCUACGGUUCCCAGGUCACUCUGAAGAACGUCUUUGGCCAACCCGUGCCCUGCUGGCUUCAUUCCCACCAGAGCACCUACCCCGUGAUAUACGAGAACGGCCGCGGCAGCUCCCACCAGCAGCAGGUGACCUGCUACCCCUUCAAGGAUGUCAACAACUGGUGGAUUGUAAAGGACCCCGGGAGGCACCAGCUGGUGGUGAACAACCCCCUGAGGCCCGUGCGGCACGGCGACAUCGUGCAGCUGGUGCACGGCAUGACCACCCGCCUCCUCAACACGCAUGAUGUCGCGGCCCCCCUGAGCCCUCACUGCCAGGAGGUGUCCUGCUACAUCGACUACAACGUCUCCAUGCCCGCCCAGAACCUCUGGAGGCUGGACAUCGUGAACAGAGAGUCGGACACGGACGUCUGGAAGACCAUCUUGUCAGAGGUCCGGUUCGUGCACGUGAACACCUCAGCCAUCCUCAAGCUGAGCGGGGCGCCCCUCCCGGACUGGGGCUUUCGGCAGCUGGAGGUGGUCGGGGAGCAGCUGUCCCGGGGCUACCACGGGAGCAGCGUGUGGAGCGUGGAGGAACACCGCUACGGCAGGAGCCAGGAGCAGAAGGAGAGGGAACUGGAGCUGCACUCCCCUACGCAGACGGACGUCAGCAGAAACCUCAGCUUCAUGGCCAGAUUCUCGGAGCUGCAGUGGCGGAUGCUGACAGUGAGAAGCGACGAUUCCGAACACAAAUACAGCUCCACGCCGCUGGACUGGGUCACGCUGGACACCAACAUCGCCUACUGGCUGCACCCCAGGACCAGUGCACAGAUCCACCUGCUCGGAAACAUCGUGAUCUGGACCUCGGCCAGCCUUGCCACCCUGGUGUACGCGCUGCUCUUCAUCUGGUACCUGUUCAGACGCCGAAGAAGAGUCUGCGACCUCCCUGAGGAUUGCUGGCUGCGCUGGGGGCUGGCCGGGGCUCUGUGCGCCGGGGGCUGGGCUGUGAACUACGUGCCCUUCUUCAUGAUGGAGAAGACGCUGUUCCUCUACCACUACCUGCCCGCGCUCGCCUUCCAGAUCCUGCUGCUUCCUGUGGUCUUGGAGCACGUCGGCGACCACCUGUGCAGCAGACCACGUCCAUCCAUGGCUUGGCUCUCACAGAACGGGGCACCAGGGGUCCUUCUGAAAAGGGAGAAAAGGAGGUCCCCAAGCAAGCGGAAGGCGGUACCGGCAGGCAGAACUCCUCGAAGGCCGGCUUGACGAAGGUGGUGUACUGCGUCAGGAUCUGCUCCAGGUCCCGGCCGCGGUGCACGUCCCGGAGAACUGUGGCGACAGGAGCGGGGUGGGGACCUUCAGACCCCCGGGACCCAGGGCCGGGCCGGCCAGGGGCAGAGAGGCCCGCGUCUGCCUUACCUCUUCGCGACAGCCUGACGUCAGAGUCCGUGUCCACAAAGAGCCGCAGGUGGAACAUGUCCCGGAUCUCCUGGCUGUAGAAGACCAGGAUGCCCUCGAACAGGACCACGUCUGCAGGGUACACCACCGUGGUCUCCGCUAACCUGCACGGUGAGACCAGGAAGGGGCCCUGCCGUCAGCUUCAGCCCCCGGGUGUGGACUCCGUGCUGGGGACAGACCCUGGUGGCGGGGGGGUUGUCCUCACCAGCCCCCAGCGCACAGCCUUCUCCUCCCAGGAACCACCUGCUCACCUUGAGUGGGUCACAAAAUCAUAGAUUGGGACCUCGACUGUUUUGCCCUCCACAAUAUUUUUCAGAGUCCUGUGCAUCAAAUCGUUAUCAAAAGCAUCUGCAGGGAUGGAACAAAAGGCAAGACAAGCCUGUGUCCUGGUGCUGGGGACCGCAGGGAACUCACUCUGCCUUGGGGUCAGCACAGCUGGGUGCUGGUGCUACCAGUGACUCUAAGCAACAGCUGGACUGGGAGCUGCCCCCUACAGUUUACAUUUGCAGGGCCCUCUGCAAACCACAGGGUGGACGGGUCCUUGCUGCCCUCGGGCAGUGCCACCACCCAGGGAUCAGCCAGCCCUGGGAGGUAGGUGGGCUAGGCGUCUGCUUCUCUCUAUUUCUGGGAAAUAACACAGACUGACGCUUCUCAGACCUUCUUCCCAUGUGUCCCCUGGAAAGGAAUGAAGAUGGGAGCCAGCCACUGGGUGGAAUCUUCUAGUAGCAGCAGGGCGGGGCAGCCUGGCUGUUCCCCCUCAUCCACCCCAUCUCCACCUGUUCCCCCGGCCCCCGACCAGACCAGGAAACGGAGCUUCAAGGCCUCUGGUUCUUGUUUACCCACUGCUUCCACUGCUGGCCUCUCGAGGACUCUGCCCCAGGGCAGGUGGCGGAAUGAAAGGCCACAGUGGACGCGGUCUGUGCAGAGGACCCUUAACGUGGGAAGAGGCGUGGCUUUCUCCGUGACCAUAGUCGUGGCAGAGCGGUGGUCCUGAAGGCCCUUCUGAGGCGCAGACUCCCUGACUGGCUCCAGGGGAGCCUGGAGCUCCGGCAGGACCACCCAGGGCCCAGAGAGCGCGGGAAAGACGCUCCACUGCGGGUUAUCUGGGUGAUUUUAUGGAACCACUUAGGUUUCUUGCUAUCCAGGUCCAACCCUGGACCCAGUCUCCGUGGUCUGCCCUCCCUCCCCACUCCCUCCCCACCCUCAGGGUCUCUACCUGGAUGGUCGAAAUUGUACUGUCCCUUCAAGGCCUUGGCCUUCUGUUCCGUGGUCAGGACUUUAUAGAACCUGUCUUGACUCAGGAUGACCAACUUCCGCUGCCGGUGGUCUACUUCAUUCUGUCCCAGCAGCUCCAUGAUCUUCUCGCACACAGUUGACUGGGAACACACAAACAGGAUCCCCGCCUGGAGACGCUCCGACGGGCUGCCAGGCCGGCCAGUGACGGGUGGGGCUGCGCUUGGCGGGAAGGCCUCGGAGCACUGGCAGGGGCAGCGCGGACCUGGAGGCCACGAGAGGCCAGGCCAGCGGGAGGCCUGCGGGGGUCCCCGAGGUCCAGCGCCCCGCUCCCCGCUCCCCGCCUGCGCCCCGGCCUUAGCUUGGCCAGCCGUGGCCGCAGCCCACGCCCGGGAGGGGGCACCUCGGCAGCCAGGGGCUGGGGUCUCUCUCUGCACGGAGACCGGAGAUCCAGGGGGCCGGCGUGACACUCAGGCCCCGCCGCGCCGCCCAGCCCCUUACCUUGCCGCUCGCGGUACCGCCGCUCACCCCGAUCAAGAAGGGCCGCUGGUGAGGUCGGUCGGCCUCGUGCGCGGCGCCCUCGCAGUCGCCGCCUCCAGCCGAAGCCAUCUCCAGCGCCGCUCGCCCGCAUCGGCUUCCUGGCUCACGCAGCCUCCCCCAAACCUGCCGGCCCGCCCCCGCGCAAAGGUCGGAGACGCCCCCUCGGAGCCCCACUUCCGGGAGGCGAGCGGCGCGGUGGGAGCGGGGCUGCCGGCGCGCGCGGGGCACCGCGAGAGUUGUAGUCUCUGGCGUCCGUGGGCGCCGCGCAUGCGUGGGCUGGGCCGAUGCUCCCGGAGGCUGCGGAGGCAGUUGGACCGGCUGCGGCGAUGCCCGGUUUUUUUUUUUGCUGCAAAGGACAGAAGCAACUCAAUAUCGCAACUGGCUGCAGGAGUCUCCAGACGCCGGGCGGCCUCCGGGAAGGUUCCCUCCAGACACACCUCCGCUGCCUGGGGCCGUCGGAAUGAUCCCCCGGGACUGCAGGGCCGGGGUGGGAACGUGGGCCAGCGCCCGAACCGGCAAGUCAGACUCCUGAGCCCUGUGACCCGGGUCGGAAGUUGGAACGGGUUCAGCCUCCUCGCGUGCGGUCACCCCGAGAGCGCUCGGUCACCUAUGCACCUGCGCCUUGUGCUCCGCCCCAGCCUCCACCUCCCGGGUCCGAUGCCUCUUGCCUGGGCACAACCUUAGCGCCGCCUCGGCUCACCCCCACUCCAGCCCAGCCUCCACGCUGGCGACCCGAGUUUCCUGACGCUCUGCCCUGAUCGUGUCACCCACCCACUGCCCCGCUAGAGCCUUCAGUGCUGCCUCCAAGACAACUUCCUGGCCUCCUCAGCCUUCCUAGUACGUGGUGGGCAGAAGUCAUGGAAUGACUUUUUAGACUCAGCACUAGACAGGCUGUGAGCCAAGAAGACAGAGGCCCUGUCUGCUGGAUUCCACCUGUCCCCCCAGUACCUGGCACAGAGAAGGCAAACACCGACCUGUUCCAACUGUAUGUUUCCCCAAGGCAUCAAGUCUCUCUUUGCAGGUCUAGCUCCUAAUGCAUUGUGAGCACUCCAUGAAUAUUUGAUGACAUUGAAAUAUGAUGCAGGAGAGACUAAUGUGCAGGCAUCAGGCGAAGUCACUGUUUAUGCGACUUCAGAGGCCUUAACCCACCUCAGGAAGGGUUACAGGAUGGUUCUUCUGAUGGGAGGGGGGGAGUGUACAAGGGAACUUGGGCCUCCUGAGCCCUGUGGACCUGGACAGAGGGAAGCUGAGGAAGGAGCGGCUGGAUGGACAUGAGAAAGCCACCCCCUACCUGAGAGGAACUUACACAGAAGCUCAAAACAGGGAGGGCCAUUCACGCAUUCACCACGGGGGAGGCAAGGUUAGGCACUUGGCUCUGGGUUUAGAGUUGGGUUCAAACCUUGCCUCUGCCGAGUGACCUCGGGCAGUGAUGUGGUCGUGGUGUUUCCUUACUUCCCAAAUGUUAUGGGGGAAGUGUUAUGACUUCAUGAAAUUAACAUGUGUGAGUGGAGCUUGAGGAAUCUGAUGGCGGGCAGAGGUUCAACAACAGACCACAAGAGAAACUGAAGCAGAGAAGUUUAUUACUCACAGGUCUUGGAGGAGGUACACGGCAUGCCUCAAGGGGCCACACAGGAGGUCAAGGCAGAGUGCAGACAGAGAGGCAGGCCCUGGGGCAUAUUCCUUUAUCAGGGUCUGUGGGUGGAGUGCUUUGGGUUUCCCAGGCUAGGGCUGGAUUGGUUAAUUCAAGCCGAAAGAGUGGGGUUUUGGUAAGGUCCACGGGGGUCUUAUCUCAGGGGCGCAUAAAGCAUACAGGCAGGGGAGACUUGAUCACAGGAGCAUACGUUGGCUGGUGACUCCACAGGCUGCUGUCUAGGGCAUGCACAUGUAUGAAGGGACGUACUGUCAGUGUGAGGCUUCUGCAGGCCGCUUAGCCAAACAAACUGGAUGCCAGGGCAGCAAUACCAUGGAAUAGCUUAGCUAAACUCUCAACAGGGAAAUACCACGGUGAGGCUUCCAUGCCAGAAGGCACACAAAGGGCCUGGUGUAAAGCCUGGCCCAGAGCGGGUGCUGGGUGCCUGUUAUGUGUUUUCUUCGCCUGGUGUAAAGCCUGGCCCAGAGCGGGUGCUGGGUGCCUGUUAUGUGUUUUCUUCAUUUGUGUAUUUGUCUAUGUGGCAUCCAUGCCUCACGGGGCCAAUUAUAU